AUGGACCAGGUCCGGUUCCAGGAGAUGCAGCAGGAGGCGGAGCAGCUGGUGCUUCUCUCCUCCGUGCUGCUCAUCGUCUUCCCCUCCGCCGGGGAGCCCGUCUCCGGCCUGAUGGACAACCUCAAACUCACCGUGGCCGUCAUGCUGGCAGACCUGCAGACCCACUGUCUCACGUCUUCGGGAAGACGGAUCCAGAGUUUUAGGAGCCUGGAACCGAAGUCCCGGGUCCAGAGCUACCUGCUGGCCGCCCUGGAGUGCAGCCAGCACCGGACCCCCCCCUCCCUGCCCGGGGGCCUGGAGCCCAUCAGCCGCGAGCUGAAGGAGCUGGCCGUGCGCUUCAGCCGCCUGGUCAACUUCAACAAGCUGGUGUACUCCCCGUUCUACCAGAAGAUCCUCCAGAAGGUGCUGGCCCAGGGGGAGGAGACGUAA